GCCUCACUAAGCACAGCUCUGUCUGGCCGGGGCGGGUCCUGGGGCGGGACCACGGGCUUCCUGGUCACAUGGUGGUCACGCGACCACGAAGGCAGCCUCUCCCUCCCGCCAGUGGCAGCGCGGACCAGGGGGUGGAUCCCAGGGACCCAAGCGCCCCUUGGGGCUGAGCAGGGUUUUGUACUUCAAAGCCGGAGAAGGUGGGUCAGGACCCUGUUCUUAGGGCUGCUGCUUGGAUAGACCGGGAAGACCCGCUACGGGUUAGGACUGCGGUUCUAAGUUUGGAGACUGAGGAGUCCCUGGAGAGGUUCGAGGGUCCGAGCUGAGGGUGUUUUCCUGAGCUGGCCCCUAGUGGCGGCUCUGGAAAUUCAGGGUUGCUUAGCUGGUCCCAAGCUCCCCUCCUGGGAGGGGCAGGGUCAGCUUUCAGGGAUUUACAGUUUGCCUGAAGAGGGAAGCCCAGCUAGUCAUGGCCUGUGCCUUUCUCAGGCCAUCCCCGCUGAGCGACCUUCCCAUGGAGGAUGCCCGGGAGGACCCCACCGUAUUCACUGCCCCCUCUCUGCCCAAAGACCCCCGACUCCUGGCCACUGUGACCAACACAUACCUGGGCACACGCGUGUAUCAGGACACACUGCAUGUAAGUGGCCUGUACAAUGGGGCCGCGGGAGGCACACACCGGGCAAUUCUGCCCAACCCCCUCAACACCCGGAUGGAGGCCCCUGCAGAGACAGGAGAGCAGCUGACUGAGAACUUUGCCCUGGAUACCAACACAGGUUCCUUUCUGCACACCCUGGAAGGCCCCAGCUUCAGGGCCUCCCAGCGCAUCUACGCCCACCGCAUGCUGCCCCACGUCCUGGCCUUCAGUGUGUCCAUUGAACGCCUGGCUGCAGGGAGCUGGCCCAUCACAGUGCUGCUGCAGUCAGCCUUCUCCCCAAAAAGCCCAGACCUGGACCUGCACCUGGGGCCUGACUUCCAGGGAGUCCGGUACCUAUAUGGCCACACACUCACCCCUGAGCAGCCUGGGGGACCACAGCAGGAGGUACACAUGCUAUGGACGCCAGUGCCCCCAGCCCUGACCCUUGGAAAAGAUGAGGAGGCUAGGACCUGGGACUUCCUGACAGUAGUGGGCAGCAGUCAGGCCGAGGCCCAGGCCUGCUUGGCUGAGGCUCUGCAGCUGCAGGCCCAGGGAACUCUGUACAUAGCUCAUGCACAGGCGUGGGCCCAGUUCUGGGCAGGCUGUGGCCUGGACGUUGCAGGUCCCCUGGCCUUGCGCCAGGUACUUCGAGGCUCUCUCUACUACCUGCUCAGUGCCCUGCCCCAGCCAGGGACCCCAGGCUACAUCUGCCAUGGCCUCAGCCCUGGGGGCCUCUCCAACGGGAGCCAGGAGGAGUGCUACUGGGGCCACAUCUUUUGGGACCAGGACCUCUGGAUGUUCCCUAACAUCUUGAUGUUCCAUCCGGAGGCUGCCAGGGCCAUCCUGGAAUACCGAAUUCGAACACUGGGUGGGGCUCUGGAGAAUGCCCGGAACCUUGGCUAUCAGGUGAGGGGGUCUGGACACUGCCCCAUAGGACCCCCACCUCAGGGUCAGCACAAAGUGAGAACUAGACAGAAGCCACUUGGCCCACAGUUGGGAUACACAGUUGAGCACCCUCCCCCUUUAUUCUCUGUCCUUCCACAAGGGAUCCCCCCCAAGGCUGGUGUGUGGGAUGUCAUCAGCUGCCCCUACCCUAACCCUCAUUCCCCACCUCCAUUACCACAGGGAGCCAAAUUUGCCUGGGAGAGUGCAGGCUCUGGCCUAGAGGUCUGCCCCGAGGACAUUUAUGGGGCUCAGGAGAUUCACAUCAAUGGGGCAGUGGUCUUGGCCUUCCAGCUGUACUAUUAUACCACACAGGACUUGCAUCUCUUCCAAGAGGCUGGUGGCUGGGACGUGGUCAGUGCUGUGGCUGAGUUUUGGUGCAGCCGUGUAGAGUGGAGCCCCAGAGAGGAGGAGUACCACAUGAGAGGAGUCAUGCCCCCUGAUGAGUACCACUCGGGAAUCAACAACUCCGUAUAUACCAACGUCCUGGUCCAGAACAGUUUGCGCUUUGCUGCUGCCCUGGCCCAGGACCUGGGUCUGCCUGUCCCUGAUCAGUGGCUGGUGGUAGCUGAUAAGAUCAAGGUACCCUUUGACCCGGAGCGAAAUUUCCACCCCGAAUUCGAUGGUUAUGAACUUGGAGAGGAAGUGAAACAGGCCGAUGUCGUGCUCCUGGGAUACCCUGUCCCCUUCACCCUGAGUCCUGAUGUCCGCAGGAAAAACCUGGAGAUUUAUGAGGCUGUAACAUCCCCCCGAGGCCCUGCCAUGACCUGGAGCAUGUUUGCUGUGGGCUGGAUGGAGCUGAAGGACCCGUCGAAGGUGCGAGACCUUCUGGACAGGAGCUUCACCAAUGUCACUGAGCCCUUCAAGGUGUGGACAGAGAAUGCAGAUGGGUCAGGUGCUGUGAACUUUCUGACAGGCAUGGGCGGCUUCUUGCAGGCAGUGCUCUUCGGAUGCACCGGGUUCAGGAUCACUGAGGCAAGUGUGAAGUUUGAUCCCUUGUGCCCAGUGGGGGUCUCCAGAGUGCAUAUCUCUGGCAUAUCCUACCAGGGGAACAAGCUCAAUUUCGCCUUCUCCAAAGACUCCAUAACAGUUGAGGUCACAGCCCAGGCAGAGCCCUGGGCCCCCCUGCUGGAGGCCAAGCUAUGGCCAUCACAGACCCGGCUCCCUCUUUUACUGGGACACAAGGUUUCCUUUCCCCACUCGGCUGGCCAGAUACAAAGGUCACCCCCAUAACUGCACAGAAGCUCCAGCUCUGAGUGUUUCCUGGGAGAAUUUUUGAAACCCUUAGAUACCUUCUCCAGAGCCUCUGGAACAGCCUUGGACCCUUCAGCCUGCAGAGUGCCUCACUCUGGAAUCCUGCUCUGAGCCACCAGGGCUGCUGGGCCUUCCCUCUGCACCCACCCCUCCCCUGUAUACUCCCCAACCCUGCUCCAGUUUAGAGCUGUCUGCCUCUAGCCUGAGCCCUCCCAGCCUAGACUUGACGGCAUGCAGCCACACCACACAUUGUUAUCUGUCUACCCUUGAGCUAACCCCACAUGCUCUUACAUCUGCUCUUGAGCUAACCCUGACAUCCCCAUUCCUUAACCAUCUUGCUGCUUCCCCAGGACUGGGGCCUUAGCCUGCAUGCUCACCUCUGGCCUCUGAUUCCUGAACUGUUCUGAUCACAGGAGCUGGUGGGAGUAAUCAGCAGCUCCACUGAGAAAGUGGGCAACGGGAUGGGCUUGGUCACUUGAAGAAUUGCUCAGGACUGGCACUGUGGCUUUGCCAGUAAGAAGCUUCUCAUGACAUGUGGUUGGGGUCAGGAUGAGCUGGCCUAGGGGCCCAUGGGGGUGGUGAGGCCUUAGCUUCCUUACUUUUUGACUCCUCUUGACCUUGACCUCUGGCCCAGUGAGGGGGCAUAAGUAGCUAUCCUCAAUCAUUCAGUUCAUAAGAAAGGGAAGAGGUGCAAUGAGCAGAGGACAUAUGGACUCCAAAGAAAGACCUCAAAGAUCCUCAUUGGCCACCAGAAGGACCAAAGCCAAAUGUGCAGUAUUCACGGUCCACUCAUCUGUGAUGGGCAAGCUGCCCACAGCUGGAGACUCUGCUUGGCCUCUAUACCUGGGCCUAAGUCUCUGGCAUGAUUUAUCAGUGUUUCCCUAGAGCAAGGUGCCAUGGCAUUUGGGGUCAGGAUCCUGGUGAGGCCAUGCUCCUCCACCAAGCCAGGUGAUGAAUUAAAAGUCUUUGCUGGGAAGUCAGGCUUGUGUGGACUGACUUUCCCUUUUAACCUGUGGCCAGAAAGUACAGUUGCAGUAGCUUCAAAGUUUGAAAGCAAGCUUUGUGUUCCUCCCACCCACUUCCUUUGCUCUGUGUUGCCACAGUUCCCAAAAUAGUUGCUCUACAUUCCUCAUGGAGCAGACAUCAGACAGAGCUUCAUAUGUGUGGAGGAAGGCAUCUUUUGCUGUGGGCAGCUUUUGAGCACCUAUGGCUCCCAGUGCCUGUCUUCUGUCUGCUAUGCUGGGAAGGAUGGUGUCUAGGACACAUAUGGGCUCUGGCAGCUGCCUCUGCACUCAGGUAUAAGGGACCUCCCCAGUAGGAAGUAUAUGGAAUGUACAGGGUAGGGAGCCCUGGACAGCCUCUUACGACCACAGUGAGUGAGAAGUACACUUGGAGCUCACAGCCAUGGUGGGCUGGACUGUAGCUUGGUGCAAAGCACAUGCAGCCCAGGCCUGGCUGGGAACCAAGGGGCAUGGCCGACAUGGGCUUGCCUGGGUGCCUAUAGCUCUCCCUCAACACAGUGCUCCACUGACAAGGCAAAGAACUGAGAGAGAUCUGCUGGAGAGAGUAUGGGCAUAUUUUCCCUGUUGUGGGCAGGUUCUGUCCCAGCAGGAGUGGACAGACAUUACCAUACCCAUUGCCUCUCUGACAGGAGGACAAGAGGCAGUUGUCAGUGUGCAUGGAUGGUGGUGUGACUGUGUGUGUGUGAGUCCAGUGCCAGCCCAUGGAGGAGAUAGUCCCCACCUGCCUUCGUGGCCCUCACUGGCCCAGCAGACAACAUAGCACAGAUUUCUCAGAAUUCAGGGACAAACAACAACCCAGGAGAAGAGUAGCACACACCCAACACACAGGAUAGGACAAACAGAUGGAGUGGGCCAGGGCCACAUGUGGAAUCAGGAUAUACCCACCCAUGUGGCCACCAAACCACAGGGCAGCAGGGAUCAAAGACUUACAUUCCCAAACUUCAUCCUAAAAUACUCAGAUGUCUCCACCCCAGAAGCCACAAGCUGCCCUGCAGCUAAGCAAGGGGGACAAUCAAGGACAGACAAUCAGAACAAGGUGACUGGGGGUUGGUUGGGGCUUUGGAGCUGUACCCUUCCCACACUGCAGUCAGGAAGGAGGCUCUGAGGUACUUCUGGAACCUGGCACUUUUAAUUGCGAACAAAGGGUCAGCCUGAGGAGUGAGGAGAGAGGGGCAGAGUUAGAUACUGGAGACCCUCAAUAUUAGGAUGAGAUCCUUGGGGUCUAAAUGGACCAAUAUUGGGUGCCAAAAUCAGACAAGGGGGUCUCUGUGGUCAGAGUGAUUCAGGGGUCAAGGCUUUAUAGUAGGGUCCAGCUCCAGAGAUCUGUCAUUGAGCCCCUAG